AUGGAUGAGAAGUAUGGUCUUGGAAAGUCGAAGCGUAAAAGCUCAAGUGUUAUCUAUUCUCAUCAUUUGCGUGUGGAAGUUUUUUAUGCUGUUAUUGAUUUGCAACUUUCAGAGCUUAACAAUCGUUUUAGUGAAGUGAAUACUGAUCUACUUCUUGGCAUGGAUAGUUUGAGUCCCGAGAAUUCUUUUGCAAAUUAUGAUAAAAACAGGAUCAUGAAGCUUGCUACUUAUUAUCCAAAUGAGUUCGGUGCUUCCAAGCUUGAUGAUCUUAGUUUUGAUCUUGACAAUUAUAUUUACUAUGUGAGAGAAGUGGACAAAGCUUUUUCAAAUUUGAAAGGACUUGGAGAUCUUUCAAUGGCGUUGGUUAAAUCAAAUAUGCACAAGACAUGGGGACUUGUUUGUUUGCUUGUGAAGUUAAGCUUGAUAUUACCCGUGGCUACAGCAACAGUGGAAAUAGCUUUUUCCUUAAUGAAGUUUAUUAAAAAUGACUUGCGAAGUAGAGUUAGUGAUGGCCUUUUGAAUGAUUGUUUAGUUUGUUAUAUAGAGGAUGAAGUAUUUGAAAGUGUACCUAAUGAUGCGAUCAUUGAUCGUUUUCAAAAGAUGACAACUCGUCGAGUGCAAUUGUAA